UUCUUUCUCCUCGUUUCAAAUUCCGCCAAAAUUAGCACAGGAAAAAGGGGAAAUCCACCACCUUAAUUUUGUCCAAACCCCAAAGCCACCUAAAUAACCAGGCCGGCAUUCAAAUCACAAAUCCAUGCAUACAUACACGAAUACAUUGAUCGAUCACAUCUCCUGCAUGGGCCUUAUACAGUAUGCGUGAAGAUAUACACAUACCCUAGAGAGAGAGAGAGGAGAUGUCGAUCUUGUAUUCGAUGGUGGCGAGGGGAACGGUGGUGCUGGCGGAGUUCAGCGCGGCGACGACGAACGCCAACGCCACGGCGCGGCAGCUGUUGGAGAGGAAAGCGGGAGGGGGGACGGGAAACAACGAUCACGACAGCAAUAUGUCGUACUCCCAUGAUCGGUAUAUCUUCCACGUGAAAAAGACCGAUGGCCUCACCGUUGUUUGCAUGGCUGAUGACUCCGCUGGACGAAGAAUCCCUUUCGCAUUUCUUGAAGAUAUUCAUCAAAGAUUUGUUAGAACGUAUGGGCGUGCUAUUCAUUCGGCUCCGGCCUACGCCAUGAACGAUGAAUUUUCGAGAAUUUUGAGCCAACAGAUGGACCAUUACAAUAACGAUCCAAAUGCAGAUAGGAUAAACAGAUUGAAAGGUGAAAUGAGCCAGGUACGGGUUGCCAUGAUAGACAAUAUUAAUAAAGUUCUAGAGAGGGGUGACCGGUUGGCGCUGCUAGUUGAUAAAACCGCAACGUUGCAAGGAAAUACGUUUCGCUUCCGAAGGCAAUCUCGGCGUUUAAGGAAUGACAUGUGGUGGAGAAAUGUCAAGCUCACGUUCACUCUGGUAUCAAUUCUUGUAACAAUCGUUUAUGUUCUAAUUGCAUUUCUCUGUCAUGGUCCAUUACUCCGGUCCUGCUUGAAGUAAACGCGGGUCUUGUCCUCGAUCAGCUGCAUCAUCGAUCACACAUAGCGCG